GACAUAAAAGAUUUUAUUACAGUCAACAGGCGCAAAAUGUGCGCGCGACUCUUGGCCUGCCCAUUGUGUUCUCAGCCUGGAUUCCUGACACUCGACGCUCUGCGAACUGGGCUUGUGAGUGUAGCGACUCGACCCCUCGUCUGCCCCGUCUGCAACGAAGUGUUGUUAGGGAUAGAUAAACUCACCAUACACCUGUUCGGUCAUACGAUUAAUCUGAACAGCAAUGCUACAAUGGAGUUGUCUAAGCACACAGACGUUGUCCCUCCUGACGAUCGUCUGAUCGCGGUCCACAAUCUGCACAAUGUCGCCCCGCAGAAUUGGAACGCGUUGAAAACGCAGGAGUUAAGCAAGACGCAAGCCUCGUGCGAUAACAGCGCGACUUGCACGGAGUCAUCGGACUCUGGAGCAUCAGCCGCGGGGAACAAGAUCCAUGUUAUGAAUUCCCAAUCUCAAGCGCGGAGUCGAGAUCUGCUCGGGAAAGGCGCAGCUCAACCGAUCGUAUCGGAUUAUAACUACGACGUGAUCAAGAUAAAUAUCCUGCCGCAGCAGAAUGAAAAUCAGGCUGCAGCGCUCGGACCAACUGUGAACCUGCAAGAGGUGUUGAAGACACACUGCGCCGCGCAAUCCUUUUGCAACAGCGAUAUCAAGGAGCUGAAUGUGCCCGAGGAAAAUGCACAGACGGAGAAGACCGUGAGCGUGUCAGACUUCGCCGACGAUUGGAUGGAAAAGCAGAGGUCUCUGAUCGCGGCAAAGGUGACAGCAACUGUGGAGGCCAACGUCUACCAAGCUGUCGAGUGCGCAGAGUCGAAUCGACGCGUCGCAAAAGAGCGACCGAUGAUGAAUUUAAUGAGCAAAGAAAACGACCUUUCCGACUUCCGAUCGAUCGAGGAUGCAGUGCCGAUUUGUUGCGUGGACGCGUCGCUCCAACAACGGCACGACGACAAGCAGAGCCCUCGCGAUGCGAACGAGACGAACGCUGAAGAUCAAGAUCACAGCUCAAAGGAGCAGAGGAGGAUAGCGCAAACGUGCGCCAAGAUUCUCCAAAGCGCCACGCCGAAGGAGAGGACGGAACGAUGCGACAUAUGCGGCUUCCACUUUCCCGACGUGAAUAUCUUGGCACUGCAUCAGCAGCUGGUGCACGAGCAGGAGUCGGAGAACGUCUCGAGGAAAGUUCUGAAAAAUUAUUCGUGUCACCUGUGUUCUAAGGUAUUCAAGAUGAGGGGCAGUUUAAUGGUGCACAUGAGAGUCGUGCAUAUCGGCCACAAUUUAGGUUCUCUACCUAAAGACGGCCAAAUGGAAUUAGCACACGGAGAUGUCGGGUACAACUGCCCCACGUGCGGAAAGAGAUUCAAGAAAGAGCAACACGUGAUGCAGCAUCUGAAAACACACGAGGGCAAGCAGUGGGAGUGCGACGUCUGCAGCAAGAUGUUCACGACCAAAUACUUCCUGAAGAAGCACAAACGGCUGCACUCCGGCGAGAUGCCGUACAAGUGUAAGAUCUGCGACAAGAACUUCACCUUCCAGCAGUCAUAUCACAAGCACCGGCUCUACCACAAGGACGACAAGCCUCACACCUGCGCGACCUGCGGCAGAUCGUUCAAGGAGCUCUCCACGUUGCACAACCACGAGAGAAUUCACACCGGCGAGAAACCGUUCGCGUGUGAAACAUGCGGAAAGUGUUUCCGCCAGCGUGUUUCGUAUUUAGUCCAUCGUCGAAUUCACACGGGAGUGAUGCCUUAUAAGUGCACAUUGUGUGGCAAAAGCUUCCGAUACAAGGUGAGUCAGAGAACACACAAAUGUCCCGUGCAGGGAAAUCCGCAGCAAUCGUCGGACACGAUUGCACAGAAGACCAAUGAUGAAACGGUCAAGCUGCAGGCGAGCAACAUCUCUCAAUCAGAGGGCCAAUCGAUCGUGAAUACUGUUGACAAGGAAGAAAACAAGUUUGUACUGAUAAUAAAUGCGCAAGGACAACAUGUCUUGGCACUGCAGUCAGAGGUGAACAAUAUGCCUCUGGAGAAGGAGGAACAAAACCUGGAAUUUGAAAGUGCUGAUAACACCAAAAAUUCAAAGAACAAAACGUGGAGCACCAAUAAUCCUGAUUCUGUCAAACUCAAGGAAUCUUCAGGAACACUAGAGAAGACAGAAUUAGGCAACGAGAAGAUUAACAUGAAGAAUGAUUUCCUUUCACUAAUGAUGUCACGGCUUGAGAACAGCGUGUCCUCCUCCACCUUUGAAAUGGAGCACCUGAGAGUGUCCUCACCCAAGCAGAAAGAAAAUUUGAUGGACUCCUAUGCAGACUUUGCACAGAUCUCUGAUAAUGCACAGAUGAAUCUCGUGGAUUCAAGUAUGGAGCAGAACCUUACUCGUGACAAGAACGUUGCAGAUUCCUUGCAGACCAUAAAUGUGGAAUCCCUGAAGGAAUUGCUGUAUAGUAUCGAUGAAAAAUGAGGCGAAUAUCUGACGUUUAAUGCGACAGUACAAACUAACGUUAUGUCAACAUUGUCUAUCGAUCGUAGAUAUAUAUAUAAAGAGAGAGGAGUGAUAUUUAUUCUAAUUGUAAAAUACAUACGAACACACACGCAUCUGCACCAUUAUUGUGAUUUUGAUUGUAAUUACUGUAAUUAAUCGUCUUUGUACAUUAACGCGUGUAAAUCGACUAAUAGAAAUAGCGAGAUCACUUA